CAUUUAUGCGAACAUAUUAAAUCAGCUAGACAAAUUCUAAAGGGAAAUAUGCUAAAAAUAUUAUAUUUGCUGUUUAUUCUGAAUGUCUCAGACUGUGUAGACUGGAUCUACAAUAUAAAAGAAAAUCAGCGUCCUGGAAUUUUUAUUGGUGACAUUGCUUUUGAUACAAACAUUUUGAGAAGUAAUUCAGCACAAGGGUCACAACAAACUGUCCUUUGGUUUAGUCAACUCCAGCAGGAAAUUUCUUCUACACCUCAGUUGUUUAAUAUUACCAAAACAGGGAAGCUUUAUACAGCUCAGAAACUUGAUGCUGAAUCUCUGUGUAAAUAUAACACUGAAUGUUUCAAAAUGGUGGAUGUUGCAGUACAAAAUAAAUUGUCUUUUGUUAAGAUAUUGGAGUUAAAAAUUAUUAUAGAAGAUGUCAAUGAUAAUCGACCAGAAUUUCCAGUUGAUGCCAAUAAUCUUUACUUUUCUGAAACAGAUGGAAGAGGUACCAUAAAAUCAAUUCCAAAUGCUAUUGAUAUUGAUGUUGGAGCUCAGAACUCCCAAAUCACAUAUCACUUAAAUGAAAACCUUAGUAAUUUAUUUGCUCUGUCUGUUAUUAAGAAGAUUGAUGGAACUGCAAAACUGGGAAUUUUUUUGCAGCAGAAACUUGAUCGAGAAAUAAAAGAUAGCUAUACCUUAGAAGUGAUCGCUAAAGAUGGAGGUUCGCCUCCACUGCAAGGAAGCUUGAAUGUUCUGAUAUCUGUUACAGAUGAAAAUGACAACUCUCCCGUAUUUUCACAGAAUGUUUAUAACGUGUCAAUAAAUGAUGGUUAUUUUAAAGGCACUGCAAUCAUCCGUGUUUCAGCAACAGAUGUAGAUUCGGGCAUAAAUGGUAAAGUUUUCUUCAAGUUUGGUUCAAAAACUUCAAGUAAUCAUAAAAUGUAUUUCAAAGUACAUAAAAAAAGUGGUGAAAUAUUUUUGCUUCAAAAACUUCCAGCAAGAGCCAAAAAGGUAUAUAAGUUGUUUGUUGAAGCUACUGAUGGAGGAAAUCCUCCUUUGAGUUCCACUGCCAUUGUUCUAGUCUAUGUCAUCAACCAACAGAACAAUGCCCCUGUCAUAGACAUGAACUUUAUUUCUCGCUCUAAAGAAAAUAAUGCAAUGGUGUCUGAAGCAAUCAAAGUUGGAGGAUUCAUUGCAUUUGUUAAAGUCUCCGAUGAAGAUAUUGGUAGAAACAGUGAAGUAUCAUGUGACCUUCAGCAUGAAAAACUUCAGCUAAGAAGCCUUGGAAAAAACAAAUACAAAAUUGUUGUGAAGAAUUUAAUCAACAGAGAAACUGAAAGUAGCAUUGAAAGCACAAUAAUUUGUGAAGACAAAGGAUCUCCCCCUUUAAGAACUGAGAGAAAAUUUUCCAUCCAAGUGAAAGAUGUCAAUGAUAUACAGCCUCAAUUUACCAAAGAUACAUUCCAAUUUUUAACAUAUGAAAAUGAAGAGCAAAAUUUUCCUGUAGGCUUUGUUAAUGCCACAGAUGAAGAUUUGGGACCUGGUGGGCAACUGAGUUUUUCUUUAUUUAAUCAGAAUUAUAAUAUUCUUCCUUUUGUCAUUUCUGACUUUGGAUUCAUUUCAGCAACACAAUCUUUGGAUAGAGAGCAACAAGAUGUCUACAAGUUCAAAGUUUUAGUCAAAGAUAAUGGUACACCAUCUCUUAACAACACAGCAAAUGUGAUCGUUAAAGUUAUGGAUAAAAAUGACAAUGCUCCUUAUUUCACAUUUCCAAGUGUUAACCCUUUCAGUUUAGAAAUCCAUUACCAACCACAAAUGAAUACCGACAUCACAACACUAAGAGCCUCAGACAGAGACAGACAUGUAAAUGCAUUCCUCAGAUAUGAAGUAUAUAGAGGCAAUGACAAGCAGUUAUUUACAGUCAAUCCUUACACAGGAGUUUUGUCUUUCUCGCGCCCAGUUUAUCAAAAUGAUGCUGGAUCUUAUAUUUUAAAAUUAGCUGUCAAAGAUGGUGGUACACCAAUUUUAUCCGCGACGACUAUACUGUCUUUGACACUAACUGUUAGCAAUACAACAGCGAUAAUGUACACAGCUGAAGACACAGAAACAGACAAUAGAAUACAUAUUAAUUUGAUGAUUAUUAUAGUAGUAGCAGCAGUUAUAGUUUCUGUUGCUAUUGUAGUAUCAAUUACUGUAUGUAUUCUUCGUAAGAAUAACCAAAGAGAUGUCCAAUAUAGUUGUCGAGUUGAUGACUCUAACAACUACCUGGGAGAAAAUGCUCUCUCAGAAUACAACUCUGAACAAAUAUCUCAUGAUGAUAUGCCUGUUACAGUUGAAUCCUAUGCAAGCCAUCAGAGAAAUGGUCCAACUCUGUUGCUUAGAAGAGAUCCUCAUUCAAAAUAUGAAUCUAGUCAUGAGUGGAAAGGUCCAGUAUCAGGAAUACAACCACAGAAUGUCAUACAGGAAUCUCUUCAGGAAGCAACAGUACUGUCAGUUGUAGACACAGUAGAAGAUCAUGUGAUUAUUUCACGUGAACCCUUUACUGAGAUGUCUCGAACUGACAGUGGACAUGGCUCAAGUAUGGAAAGCACAGGAUAUUACGAGGAACUCCCAUGUCAGCUGGAACAGGUCUUCAACAUAGAUAACGUUUGUUUAUCUCAACAACCUAUUACUAGUCAAAAAAGUAAUUUCAAAGAUUGUAACGAUGCAAAAAUAAUCCGAGUAAACAGCCCUAGUUCAUCAUUGCUGUGGAAUCUUCCCAUGAGGAACAGUUUUAAUGUUUACCCUAAAUCUUUACCAUCAGCACCAAAAGCACCCAACACAUAAAAAAAAAAAGACAAUGAAAGAGAGA